AUGGUGCCCAUCAUCUCCGCCCUCUCCGCGGUGGGCCUCCUCCUGCUGGCCGCGUGCUGCCUGCGGAGGUCCCUGAGGACGUCACCGGCUGCCCCAUGGACAGACGUGGGUCCGGAGGCAGUGGUCGUCGGAGGGGCGGCCAAGGUGAGGAACUUCACGUCGCUGCAGCUGGUGCCCUUGUCCGAGGAGGCCUUCUCCAGCCUCCCCGCUUAUUGGGCCCGGAGCGGAGGGAAUGCCGGAAAUGACGCCGGAAAUGCGGGCUACCACUCGUUGCCUUCCGACCAGCUGUCCUUCGAUGAGCUCUUCUACGUCAGCUUUGAGAACCUCCGGCUUUUCCAGGACCUGAUGGACCAGACCUACCGCCCCAUCCCCACGCAAGACCGGCCUUGCCCAAGGAAGGCCCACGACAAGACGCGCGGGGGCUGCGCCUGCGUGCGGCCCGGCGGGGUGCCCGGGCUGCCAACGGGAUUCCAGGUGAAGCGGGUCAUCCGAGUCUUGGACUCGGAGAUGUUCAACCGCUACAUCGCCCGGCGCGAGCAGAUCAAGGAGCGCGGCGCGUGUGCGGCGCCAGACCCAGCCUUCUUUACCAGCGAGGUGGUGAACGCCGGCAUGGACACGGUCUUCCCGGAGCUGCGCGCCGACCUGAACGAGGUGUACCUCUGGCAUGGCACCCAAGUGCGAGCAGGUUUGCGGAUUGCCCAGGACGACUUCCAGAUGACCUUCGCGGGGUCGGGCGCGGGGACGAUGUAUGGCAAGGGCUUCUACUUCUGCGAAAGCUGCACCAAAGCAGAUGAGUACGCACGGGACGAGCCAGGCGGCUACUAUGAUGGCAUUCGUGCCCUUCUUCUUUGCCGCAUUUGUGUGGGGAAGUUCCACUACACCACGGAUCGAGAGCCUUCCGCCAUCGACCACUUCCAGUCGGGGGCCACGGACAGCACCAUCGGAGACCGCGCCAAGGCAGUGAACACCUACCGGGAGGUGGUGAUCUACGAUGCAGACCAGAUCUACCCCGAGUACCUGGUCAUCUACCAGCGCCUGCACCAGGCAGAGUCCCGGCAGCCACUCCAGAAAGAGCUCCCUUUCCUGCUGGAGCUCCCGCUCUACUGGACGAACGUCGGCAAGAACCCCUCCCAGGAAGUCUUCCGAGAGCAUUGGCUCGUGAAGCAGGAGAUCAAGGAUCUGAUCCAGAGGUUGGCCGACGGCUCUUGCAGCGGAGAGCUGCAUCAGGUCAAUGAGGUGCACCGCGUGGAGGACUCAGGGCUGUGGUGCCGGUACUUGAGCUGGAAGCGGGCUUUGGGAAGCGCUCCGGUUUAG